UGUUUGCGACAUAUUGAAAAUGUAGCAUGGUGCACUCCCCAUGCCACGCCUCGCCUCGCCUCGCCUCUCCUCUCCUCUCCUCUCCUCUCCUCUCCGUGACUCCGCCAUUGAAUUAUAAUUCGUAGAAUUUAUUAGAGAUACUUUUAGUCCUCUAUUAAUAGUAUUCUACUACAAUUCAAUUUGCACAUUUACAAAUUAACCCCCUUCUCCUACUCCCCACCCACAAACACAUGGUAACUUGAAUCUUUCCAUAUUCCAUCUCAUCCCAUGAUAAUCAUCCCUCACCACACCAUCUCUCUAGGCUGAGGGUUUUUGGACUAUGGAUUUUCUCUCAAAAUUGACGUUACAUCUAGCUUCUACAGGUGAAAAAUGUCUAGUUUUUUCUCACUAGGUGGCAAGGAUCAAGAACAAGAACCCACCAAUAAUAGCCUGUUUCUGUUAAAGAACGAGGAGAUCUAUAACAAGGGUCUUGAAUUAUGGCAACAGUAUUAUCACUUUCAUCAACAAAAACUACUCCAACACCAAAAUCACCGUCAAAAUGUUAAUGAUUAUUGCGAUCAUAGUUGUAGAUCAGCAGGGAUUAGGGUGAUGAGGCCAAGCAGAGGCGGAGAUGGCGGUAUAAACUGCCAGGAUUGCGGGAACCAAGCAAAAAAAGAGUGCGUGCAUCUUAGGUGCCGGACUUGCUGCAAGAGCCGCGGCUUUCACUGCGAAACCCACGUCAAGAGCACUUGGGUUCCGGCUUCUAGGAGGCGGGAGAGGCAGCAGCGGCUUGCCGAAUUGCAACUUCAUCAGCAGGAGACAGUGAGAGGGGAAAAUUCCAGAAGGCAUAGAGAAAGUCCAGGUGAUGGUGGUGGUGGCAGUGGCAGUGGCAGUGGAGGUGGUGGAGGAUUCUCUCUUGCCUGCACUAGUAAUACAGAUCGUUUACCUAUUACCACCAUGUCAGGAUUUGAGGUGGGACACUUCCCGGCUGAAGUGAAUUCUCCGGCGGUUUUCCGCGGAGUAAAAGUGAGCGGAAUUAAUGCGGACGAGCAAUUUGCUUAUCAGACUGCUGUCAACAUUGGAGGCCAUGUUUUCAAGGGAAUUCUGUACGAUCAAGGCUCCGAAAGCGGCUAUCCUGGUGCUGGUGAAGGCACCUCCUCUCAACAGCCAGGUCUUUUCACAGGGACAGCAGCCACCUCCGCCACUAGUGUCGCGAAACUUGAUCCUUCCAUUUACCCGACUCCACUUGGCGCUUUCAUGGCGGGUACGCAAUUCUUUCCACCACCAAGAUCAUAAGAACUUGAGGCUGAGAGAUUUCUUCUCCUCUUUUCUGACCAUAUUAUGUCCAUUUUAGUUUAUGCUAUAAGAAAUGCAUUGGGAUGGUCACAUUGUUAAUGUUAAUAGUAUUUCAAUGUGACAUUUACAUAAGCAAAGAGUAAGAGCAAAAGUUGUACGAAGAAGGCAUUGGGAUGCUGGUUUUUGUUAUAAUUAAUUCUAUGAUUUUGUCUUUGUUAA